CAGUCUUUUUUUACCUCCCGACCUGAGUGCAUCACUGUCAGGGUUCAUCAUCAUGUUUGUAAAGGUCAUCUGCCUGGCGCUGACAGUGGCGGCCGUCCAAUCAGCGACGACGAAAGAUGAUUUCGGUUUUCGAAGUGUCAUGAGGAUUUACGAAGACUGCCAGCGGUCGGACGGCGUGUUUCCGUGUUUGAAGAAGAAGGCCAUACUGUUCUUUGAUAGGGCAGCUCGUAUGGAGAAUAUACCUUUGGUAGAUGGGAUCGAAGUUGUGAAGACGUCGGAAGCUGAAGUGGGAGUGACCAGUGAGAAGGAUUUGGAAGCGGCGCUGCCGAGGAAUUACCAGGAUAAGGAUGGAGCCCUCACAGAGAUGCUGUGGGACCGAGUGGCUGCCUUCGCCAACUCCAGGACCAUUCAGCUGUCCCUGCCGAAGAUCACCGGACAACAGCUAGGUCAAGGGGUCGAGGAAGGACGAGGCAAGAUGAAGAAGAUGAUGGGGAUGAUGGCGAUGGGGAUGGCGAUGAAGAUGGCAGCAAUGAUCCCCCUGGCGAUAGCCGCCCUGUUCGUGCUGGCAGGAAAAGCCCUGAUUGUUGCUAAGAUUGCCCUUCUCCUCUCUGGCAUCAUCGCCCUGAAGAAGAUCCUUGGCAUGAAGAGCGGCGGCGGCGGCGGCGGCCACGAGAGCCACGGCUGGUCAUCCGGAGGCAGCAGCGGGGGCUGGGACCGAAGGGCCUUGAACGACGUCGGUAGCGACAUGGCUUACGCGGCUUAUAAGAAGUCUUAA